CGCCGCGGGCCGAGAGGAGGCUUCGGUCGCUGCGCGCGCCGCCGCCGCCGUACGGUGCGGAAGCGAAGGGCGCCGCAGGCGCUUCUCGCCGGGGGUGCUCCCGUGCUCUGUCCGCGGCGGGAGUGCAGGUUUUCAGGGACCAUGGUGCAGCUUUACAACUUGCACCCGUUCGGGUCGCAGCGAGUAGUGCCCUGCAAGCAAGAGCCGGCCCAUUUCUGCUGCGGCCGCGACGUACUGUUCGUGGCCAGCGCGGCGGCCAGCUGCAGGGUGGAGGUGUUCGCCCUGCGCGACCAGGGUCGCUGUGAGCCCCUAGGCUCCUUCGCCACGCUGGGCCCCGUCCUGCGCAUGGCGCACAGCCAGACAGGAGACUAUCUGGUGACAAUUGAAGAAAAAAGCAAAGCAACUUUCCUCAGAGCAUACGUGAACUGGAGAUGCAUGUCUGCAGGGAGUUCUCGUGUUUGUGUUCGGAUGGUUGGUCACAAGAUGGAAGAGUCAUACAGUGAAACCUUAAAAGAACAGAUGUCAAUUGUGGAAAUGCCACUUUCAGAUCCUCCACUCUGCAUUUCAUGCUGUCCUCUAAAUGGAGAUCUUCUUGUGGGCUGCAAAAAUAAACUAGUCAUGUUCUGUUUGAAAUACCUGUUUAUAAACCAGAAUUUGACUGUGUUAGACUUUGAACGCUCCUUAAUUUUACACAUUGAUAACUUCAUUCCUGCUGAAAUUGCAUUUUGUGCCCGACAUAUAGCCAUAACAACAGAGCUGGAUGUUCUGAUCCUGAAACUGGAAGUGGUCCAGCAAAGUGCAGACAGGACAGAGCAAUGUGCACAUAGCGUUAGUACACUAGAAAAGCCUGUGGAUGGAGGUGUGAAAGGUGAAGGCCCUUCAACACACACUUUGCAGCUAGAAUUAGAUGAGUUCAUCAUAUGUCAGAAGCCAGCAGAACUGCUUGGGGAAGAAAGUAAGCUAUGUGAGAUACCCAUCACACUGGAAUACACAGAGUUACCUACGGAAGACACAAAGUGCUUCCAAGUGCGGUAUCUGCUUUUCAGGUGUUUUACACCUGACCAGUCACCUUUUGGGUUCUGUGAAGACACAAAGCUGCACUCUGUUCAGCUGCUUCCUGUAUAUCAGACAGGAAGUUCUAUGACAGCCCAUGAGGAAACUGAGAUCAAGAAAGAACUACUGAGUCUCUUCUGCUUUUUCUCUUUACCUCAUGUUGGAUAUCUCUACUCUGUUGGGAAGUUAGUAGAACUGAUUUCUACUUACCAAUAUUCAGAGAAGUCAGAGCAGGCAGUUCUCACUUCACAGUUCCUGCAUGUCAUUACAAGUGAGAACCUGCAGUGCUUCACAGUGCGGUGCAGUGCAGCAGCAGCUCGUGAUGAGGAUCCGUAUAUUGAUACGACCGUGAAGGCUUGUCCGCCUGUCACACUGGAUGUCUGCACAUUAAGAAUGCAGCUUUUUAUAGGACCAAGAGCUAUCUGUCAUUUCAAAAACCAUAUAAUUCUUUUGACUAAGGCGGACACAGAAGAUAUUACUGAAAGAAGAAAGCCUACAAGAAAGAUGCUUUCCAGAAAGGCUGACAGCAUCAAAUCACGAACAAAUUCUGAGUCAGAGCCUGGUUGGAAUUUAUAUAUUAUAAACACUGUUUCAACCAUUCAGCUUUACAGAGAAAUGGUAGAUUAUAGUAGAACCUAUGAAAAUGUAAAAACUGAGAGUUGCAUCCAUCUGCUAAGUGAGGCUCACUUACUGGUCAGAGCAGCUAUAAUGGACCCUCAUUUCUUUAAAUCAGAUGAGAAAGAAGAAAUUCUAAGAGCAUUCAGAGAAAGUUGUGCUGCCUUAGGAGACUGCUACAGCAGGUUUGACACAAAGGAUUACCACCUUGCUUUGCCAUACUACAGAAUGUCAGGUUUAUCCAUGACUGAAGUUUUAAAGAGACUAGUUUCAGAAGGUGAUGAAGUACAUACGUAUGAGAGAGGAUUUAUAUUUUACUUAACUCACUCUCUUAAUGAAGACUUAAAUGAAGAAUUAAGUAAGGAAUCAGCAAAUAAAGUUCUCCAAAUAUUCUGUCUUGCUGACCCUGUGCAGCUGCCUCAUAUCCUCUGCAGCCCCUGCAUGAGAAAUGUAUGUCCAGUGACAGCUGUGAAGUACCUUCAGAAAGUAGAAAAGAUUAUGCCAUCAGUGGUCCUGACGCUUACUAAGGCCUUCAUGGCUCUGAAAAUGGGAGACCUGACGAUGUAUGAACAUGAGAUGGACUCCUGUAAGGAGACAGUACUGGGUUGUGGCUUCAUCGGGCAACCAAAGCUCUUGAGACAGUGGAAGGAAGGAACAGUUAUGCCAACUGAAUUUGCUGUUCACCUGAAGGAGACGCAACCUGGUUUGCUGGUGGCUGCCAUUGUGGCUUUACAUGAGAACAGUAAAAUUGAACUAGAGGAAGCAGAUACCUUUUUCAAGAUGUUGUGUGGUAACAGAGAAAGCACUAUUCCUCAGCUCUUGGUAGAUUUCUGGGAAGCUCUUGUAGUGUGCUCUCAGAAAGAAAUACUUCAGGAGCUUUUACUGAGGCUUACUUCUCAGUAUGUUUCAAGAAUAUUGAAGAAGCAACUUCCUGAGACUAAGCCACUGAAAACAACAGAGGAUCUGAUAAACUCCUGUAAUCAUUUUGGGUUGAUUUUCCCGUGGGUAACAUUCAUAAUGUCACUGGGAUCUCCAUCUGCUAAAGAUUACAGUGAAGAUAUCUCAAAAUUACAGUCUCUUCUAUGUAGUCAGUCAAUCAACAUAGCUUCAGCUCUGCCUGUCUUGGAGCCUCUGACAGAGGAUGGCAAUGUUGGCCUCACCAUCCAUGUUCUCUGCAAUACCCGCCUAGGCAAAUAUGAGGAAGCCAUUGACCAGCUUCUCGAAAGGUGUCCUGAUGCAGCUGUAUUAUAUGCUCAGCAUGAGCUGAAAGGUGACAAUCGGGCUGUAUGGUGGAACAAGCUACUUCCUGAAUUUUGCAAGAGAGCUAGACUUACUGGAAAUGACUGCCCUGUUUUUAUUUCAUCACUGAAAGAAACUUUAUCAGUUGUUGCAAUGGAACUGGAACUAAGAGAUUUCCUCAGUUUUCUACCAGAGGAUGGAACUGCAGCAUUUUUCCUGCCACAUCUUCUUCACUGCAGCCAGAGGAGGGUGAUGACCUAAAACAACGGAAGCCUACUAUGCACUCAAAUACAAAGAAUGUGACAGAAUAAAAAAGUAAAUGAAAACAAAACUACAUAUAAGGUACUGUAGGACUCCCCUCACAUAAAUCACCUUUCAUUAUUUCUCAGUUGAAACCUUAUGAGAACUAUUGAGUGACAGCUAUUGUCUGAGGCAAAGCAACUCUUUUGAAGCUAAUAGUAGUACACUCCGACAAAGGUCAACAAACCAGAAUUACUGCCAGGUAGAACUGAAUGGCAGUCAGCUGGACUGGUGAAAAAGUGACUUUUCAACUGUUAGGCAGGAUCACAUGUCCUCUCAAGGAGGGUGAACUUACAGCCAAAGCAGCUAAAAAAUACAGACUGUACAGUACAAUUGGACAUUUGAUGUUCAGCAAAAGUAAAGCAGAGAGUCAGACUUAUUCUACGUUACUUAGUUGGAUCACUGACCAGGGAGGAGGAGUUUAAAUUCAGGCAGAGGUCUAACUGUGUGAGUAAAAAGCAUGUGCCUUACUCCUCCAAGUGGAAUUUGGCCCCACUUCAUUUUGCAGCAUAGACAUUCCCUUGAAUUCCAGUUGGUAAACCCAGUCAGCUGUUCUGGCAUCUUAAUUACGUACCCAUGCAAGUGUUGCACUGAAAAUGUUUUCAUUUAGCAGUUCACAAAAAAAAGUCGUAAUGACAAAGAGCGUCAAAUUGAAACCGAAGUGUUUUCAAGGGCAUGGAAGAUACGGACUACUGCAUGCUUGCUCUUUAUUUUCUUUCUUCUGUUGUACUCAGUUAGUGGGAAAGUAUUUGAAGUAUACCUAGGCCAGAGAUGCAGCUGAAAACUCUUACUACUUCUGGGUUGUUUUGUUAAACCUCUCAGGUAAUUGUGCAUGUAUGUACUGAUGUUUGUCUGUCUUUUGGGCAGAAACUAUCCUACUGUUCCUUCAGCUGUAAUUCAGUCGUAAUAAACUGUUACUAUGUUUAUGACCUUCUUACUAAUGCAGUUUGUUUUUUUGAGAAUCUACCACAAAUAGGAUGACUCCAUGAUUCCAUAACCAUUUAAAGGCUUAAUUAGCUGGCAUUGCUCUGUGAAAUCCAUUUUUACAAAAGCUGUAAAGUUACUUAAUGUAGAAGACAGUCAGAAGAGAUCAUCUGCAAUGCAAAUAUAUUAAAAAGAGAAAGGUAAAAAAAAUAGUAUCAUUUCUCUGUAACAUUACUGAUACAGCCAAAGUCAGUGAUCUGAUUUACGAGUAAGGAUUAUGCUGGUUUCAGUAGAAUCUUUCUACCUUAAAAAAUGAUAAAGCAAUUUAGGCUUGUUACAGAAAAGCAAUUUCAUUUGUUCUAGUAGCUGUAAAGCCUAAUAUUUUGCUUGCCUGCCUGUCCCAUAAAUCCUUCCCUCUUGUUUGGCACAGGUCUAGGUAGAGUUGGGCUAUUCAAACACACAACGGAUGGCACCAACAAUACCUGCUCUUACUGCUUUCAUUUUUGACCAGUAUCAGUCAUGCACUAAUACUGCUUCUUCCAUCUGUCAAGAAAUGCUUAAUUUGCCUACUCCUGCCCUACAUAACUGGCAAAAAAAUGAUUCCACUGCAGGACCUGUCUAAGAUGCAACAAAACAAAGCUCUUAGGUGCAGCCGUCACCAAAUUUUGCCCUUCACUGUCUGAAUUUCAUCAGGCUUAUUUCAGCAUAACUUUGUCUGUCUUGUAAUUAUUUUCGUAACAGAGAACCAAAAACAUCUUGUGCAACCAUGAUCCCUCAAGCCAGUGCAUCUUUUAAACAUCUUGAAAGAUGUUACUGGAUAAAAUGAGAAAAUAAUUCAAUGGAAAUAAAAAAAAUUAUUUUGUUAGGUGUUCAGUUACAUGAUAGUGUGUGUGUGUGUGUGUAUAUAUGAAGUGUGAACCUAUGCAUAAAGUGAUAACUAAAUUCCUAUUUUAAAAGCAAUAGCUACUAGUAUAUUUGACCAGUAAAAUGUGACAGCAGAUACCCAAAACAGUCCUUCCUGUUACAUAGGGUUGUUUACAAUCUUUUUUAAAAAAAAGUACAUUCCAUUUCACUCUUCUGUGUCCCUCAGCAGUUAAAUAACAUGCACUAGGCAUCACCUAGAAUACGUUUAGAUUGCAAGUUACUAUUUUUAUUUAGAGGAAAAGAUACUUAGAAGCUGUUUUAUCCAAUCAGCUGUCUUAGCCUACAGCACAUUUGUUAGCCAUGGGCCACCAAAUGAAAUCUUCCAAAACACACAUGGAAAUGAAUUGUCCAGGAGAGGGUAUUUCUCAGGAAAUGCUUUGCUGAAGGUAAACCAUGGAGAAUCACUGUGGUAAAAUGUUUUCAUCAUUCUAGUGUGGCCCAUGUACCUUUACUCUUGAACUGAUCAAAUAAUCUUGGUAAUAAACACUGUUUUUCUGUAA